CUGGCAAGAGAUGUUAUCUUUUGACAGCAAGGCUGGCGCUACAAUCGCAGUCACAUCCAAAGAUCAAAUGCUAUUCGAAGGGUUUCUUUCGAACUGCCGGCCACACUAAGAAUUAUCCCAUCUAGCGCUUACUUCACCAACGAUCCUUGUCAAGCUGAAGUUCUCAAAGGUACGCGAUCUACUCUAUACAAAUACUUACAAUGGCUGCCCAACCAUUGUUCUUACCGCCACAAAUUUUUUCCAAAUCGCUACUUCACAACGAAUCUCAAUAUGAUUAUUAGUACUCUCCUGUCCAAAACUGAAUAUGCGGCGAUUCUGUCUGUGUUUCUAGAGGACAUGAACUUGGCCACGCCCUCAGUCGAGUAUGACUUUACCAUCCGAGAGCCAGUAUUAGAAUACUUCAGCGAUCAACCAUGGAGUCCUGACCUGAACGAGAAAGCCGUCACUCUGGCCAAAGCGAUGGUCACCAGUCUGAAUCUAUGUUGGCCCCGUGUACCACACGAUGUGAAGAUCGCAGCGAGCAUCUUUGCCAUCUACAACACUUUCAUCGAAGAUAUUUCGGGCGAUAUUCAGGACGAGAUUCGGCGAUUCGCCUUUAACUUGACCGCGGGUCAACGGCAGACAUCACCAGUUCUGCAGUCUUUGCAGGACUUUUUGCCCGGUCUGAGAAUGCUCUUCGGGCCCUGUGCAUACUCCGUGAUUAUAAGUGGCGUCAUUCAUUUUCUCAAUGGAUGUCUCAUUGAGCAGAGAUACGACGGCAAGCUGGAAGUCCCAGCUGGCGCGGUAAACUUCCCGUCCUACUUUCGCCAAAAGACCGGGAAUGCAGAGGCACUUGUGCAGUUUGUCUUUCCUGAAGAAACAUAUCCGGAGGAUGUUUAUCUCAAGCAGUAUCUCCUGGUAAUUCCCGACUUCUGCGACGCGCUCAACUAUAUAAACGACAUUCUGUCCUUCUAUAAGGAGUCGGUUAUUGGCGAUGAGCAGCUGAAUUAUAUUUCUAAUGUAUCAAAGGUGCGAGGGAUAAGUCCCGCUGAUGCUUUACGGUUGACCUGCUCAAGCGUUGUUCAAACUAUGGGCAAUAUUCGAAAGACCCUAUCGGGCAAUCAAAGGAUGGUGGAAGAUAUUGAAUUGUCUUUAAAGGGCUAUGUGCAGUGGCAUUUGGAUCAGCCCAAACGCUACCAUCUUGGUGACCUGGAGAUUGUUUAUAGUCGCCUAUAGUCCUGUCAAUGUAUAUAUUCGUUUCUUCCUUUCAUAAACAAUACGAUAGACACAACCAUGGUUAUCGUGCGCCUAUC